AUGGGUGCCCAGUUUUCACAAUUCUUUCCUCCACGCCCGACAUUCACCAUAUCUGAUGUCCCCUCACAGCAAGGGAAAGUCAUCAUCGUAACCGGCGCAGCGUCAGGGAUCGGACAGGAGCUGGUGCGGGUGCUCUACCAAAAAGGGGCCACCAUCUAUCUCGCUGGCCGGUCUGAAAUCCACGCCCAGGAAGCCAUUCAGUCCAUUCAAGCAACCACGAUCACGACCACCGCGGGCCACCUGCAUUAUCUUUCGCUACAUCUGGAUGAUCUCACGACCAUCAAAUCGACCCCUCCUCUGGGCAGCGUCUCCGCGCAAGGCAUCGAGCUGCAAAUCGCCACCAACUGCCUAGGUCCAUUCCUCCUGACUCAGCUUCUUUUACCCUUUCUCUCCGCUGCAGUUUCUGUUCGUUCUCCUGCGCCCCGUGUCAUCUGGACCAGUAGCCAGGUGGCGGAACUCUCGGCGCCCCCAGAGGGCAUCCUUCUCUCCGAGCUGCGCGAUCCCCCACGCGACGCGGUGCGGAAUUAUGUGACCUCCAAACUCGGUAACUGGUUCCUGAGCGUGGAGUUCGCCCGUCGGUACGGAGGUACGGGGUUGGCCAGCGUGGCCCAGAAUCCCGGCGCGGCCAAUACGAACCUGCUACGGAACGCACGGUGGAUGAAGCUUCUCUCGUGGCCUUUGCUGCACAGCCCUGCGGUGGCCGCGAAUACCGUACUGUACGCCGCCUUCUCCGAGGAGCUGAACCAGGCGGUACACAAUGGCGAGUAUGUGAUCCCUUGGGGGAGAAUCCAUCCUGGUGUAGCACCGGGGCUUGCCAAGCACUUGGCCCAGGAAGACGAAGGCGGCACCGGUCGUGCCCGAGAGUUCUGGGAGUGGUGUAUGGAGCGCACUCGGGACUAUUUAUGA